AUGGAGGCUGAGGAUCCAAGACAGAAGCUGAAAAGUUUGUCUUGGAAGCCAGGAAAUGACAUCGAAGCUGAAGCUUUCUGCCUCAGUGAGCAAAUUGACAAUGAAGACUGCAUUUCCCGAAGAAGCACCAGUGUGUGCAAGGAUGGAGACGUGGUGAUUGGGUGUUUCUUGUAUCUUUAUUUCUAUAUCUACUAUACUGGUAUGACUGAUAUACAGCCUACUGGAGAAUUCCACUUCAUUCAGCUUACACCUAGGACUUAUCAGAACUACCUGGCCUUCAUUUUUGAGAUAGAUGAGAUCAACAAGAAUCCUCAUCUUUUACCCAACAUUUCUCUGGGCUAUGAGUUCCAUAAUUUCAUUAGUAGUCAUUGGAGGAUACUAGAGAAUUCCUUCAUUGUGCUCACAGGACAACACGAGAUUCCUAAUUACAUUUGCAGGAGAGAACGCAAGUGUGCAGCAGUACUGACAGAAAUGUCAUGGGAAACCUCAGCUCAGAUUGGACCACUGCUGGAGCUCUACAAAUUUCCACAGGUUACCUUUGGCUCAUUUGAUCCUACACUGAUGGACAGUGGCCAGUAUCCUUCUUUCCAUCAGUUAGCUCCAAAGGAGACAUACUUGGCCCUUGCCAUGGUAUCCUUGAUGCUUCUUUUCCACUGGACCUGGGUGGGGCUUCUCACCACAGAGAGCCAUAAGGGUCUUCAGUUUCUCUCAGAUAUAAGAGCUGAGAUGGACAGAAACAGAGUCUGUGUGGCCUUUGUUAAAAUGCUGUCAACUGUGGCUGUGUCCUAUCACCCAGAUGGAAAGAAAGAUGACAUCCACAAUGAACUGAUGUCAUCUGUCAAUGUGGUGGUCAUUUACUGUGACACUGAUAGUGUACAUGACACUCCUCACUCAUUCUGCACUGAGAGUUGCAUUCCUGGCUUUAGGAAAAGUCCUCAGGAGGGAAAGGCUGCCUGCUGUUUUGAUUGCACCCCAUGUGUAGACAAAGAGAUCACCAAUGACACAGAUAUGGAACAGUGUGUGAAAUGUCCUGAAGAUCAGUAUGCCAACAGUCAGAGAAACCACUGCUUCAAAAAGUCUGUGAGCUUUCUGGCUUAUGAAGACCCCUUGGGGAAGGCUCUGGCUGGCACUGCCCUGAGUCUUACUGUGCUCACAGGUGCUGUCCUUGGGCUCUUUGUGAACCACCGAGACACUCCUAUUGUCAAGGCAAACAACAGGGCUCUGAGCUACACCCUGCUAAUCUCCCUCACCUGCUGUUUCCUCUGCUCCUUUCUCUUCAUUGGCUGACCCAAUACAGCCACCUGCAUCGUGCAGCAGACCACAUUUGGAGUUGUGUUCACUGUGGCUGUUUCUACUGUCUUGGCAAAAACUAUUACUGUGGUGCUGGCCUUUAAGUUCACUGGUCCAGGCAGAAGAAUGAGGCAGUUGCUAGUGUCAGGUGCACCAUCCAUCAUUCCCAUCUGCUCCCUGAUCCAACUCACUCUAUGUGGUAUCUGGAUGGGGACAAAUCCACUCUACAUUGACACAGAUGUGCACUCUGAGCAUGGCCACGUCAUCAUCCUGUGCAACAAGGGCUCCCUCACCGCCUUCUACUGUGUCCUGGGAUACCUGGGCUCCCUGGCCCUGGUGAGCUUCACUGUGGCUUUCCUGGCCAGGAAUCUGCCUGACACAUUCAAAGAAGCCAAGUUCCUGACAUUCAGCAUGCUGGUGUUCUGCAGCGUGUAUGUCACCUUCCUGCCCGUGUGCCACAGCAGCAAGGGGAAGGCCAUGGUGGCCAUGGAGGUCUUUUCCAUCUUGGCCUCCAGUGCAGGGCUGCUGGGCUGCAUCUUUAUCCCCAAGUGCUACAUUAUUUUGGCAAAACCAGAAAAAACUGUCUGA